AUAAAACCACCAAUGGCGGGGGUGCGUUGAGGGUUUAUAUAUUUUUCACCUUCCUCAUGCGAAGUCAGAGUAUUGUGCAUUUUCCAAUUUUCUCGCCGCGUCAAUCAAAUGAAUGCCGUGUCCGCUGUUGCAAGUAAAUUCGGAAUUUUGCACUUGUUCCAACUGGUCGGUUCGCCUCACCUUCCCGUCAUACUGAAAUCUGCAUUUUAACUGGUAUUUUGUGCUACGUACGUUGCAACACUAUCUAUCGCCUUAGUGAGAUGGCAAUUCGAUGUGGCUUCAAGUUGUGUUAAUAUCUGUAAGUUUCGCCAAAGGCUUUAGAUAGUGCAGAAAAUGCAUUGUAAGUGAGCGCAGCAGAAGCGAGAAGUGCCACAGCUGUUGACGGAAAAACGACUAGAAAGAUGUGGAAAAUUUGUGAAAUAUGUAUGUAUGUAUUAAAUUGAAGCCAACGAAAAUCUGAAGGAAAAGUGAAAAUGCAACGCAAAAGAAAUGUCAAAUAGAAGAAACAUAAAAGAAAACGUGAGAAGAGCUGAAUAAACAUUGCAAAUUGUAAUAAAAGACCAUUGAGUGCGGAAAUUUGGCUGGAAAAUCGAAACAUAUUUUUGAUGCCGGCUAAAUCUAUGCAUGCACGAACCUGCAUACAACACCAAACUCUAAUAAAUAUUGGUGAAUUGGUCAACGCUCGCUAAGAUUACUUUGGAGGGGAGCGCAUACGAAAAUAAUGAGCAACAAAAAAAUUGGCGCUGAAGUGAACAUCUGGUAGAACGAUAAAAAAAAAGCCAACUGGCAAAGGGACGGAGUAUAGGACUGGCUCAUUAUCAGCUGUUGUAAAGUGCGAGCACACACUUGUCCGACACCGACUGCGACUGCGACAAUAUCACGGCUGCUUACCGUUAACGUGAAGCGAUUAUUGCAAAAUUCCAAAUCGGCUGCUAACUUUUCACUUUUCUCGUAUGGCAGCUGCAAGUGUGACUACCCACAUUGCCGCCAUUACUGCUUCGCCUCCAGCUGUUGUAGGAGUGUCAAUGGAUGGAGUAGUAGAUGUAGCAAGUACGGCGGAAUCAACAACAACUACCAAUGUCAGUCGCAAGAGCAUGCUGAAUCAGGAAUCUGCGGCCACUGCUAUUACCACAUUUCUCAUCAGCAGCACUAACGCCGGACACGUGGAUGAAGAAGAUAGUUUCACGACAUUGACUUCGGUUUCGCCUGGCUUCGUAGGGACCAGUUCCUCCGCGGCUUCUUCUGCUAUGAUGCCGGAGUUAGGAACACACACCCAUUCUCGUAGGUUACCAUUGCCACUUGUUGCAACGGUGACGGCAUCUUCUAAAUAUGAUGAUAACUUGGAAAUCGGUGGAGAGAUGAUUGCCAGCGCCACAAUGGCGGCGGUUAGGCUUGUCGAUAAUAGUACACAGACUGACGCAUUGAGUGACGAAGAACAGCUCUUGACAGCAGGCAACACUGAGCUGGGGACGGAUGUAUAUGGGGAGAGUGAACAUGCGUACCAUGCGUUGGCAGCGCUGGCUUCAAAUAAUGACAGUGAAGACUAUGGAUUGAUGGAAUUUCACGAAGCGGACGAAAACAAGGAAAUGGCUAUAACAAACAGCGUAAAGGAGUUUGCUGACGAGGCGAUCGGGAAUGCAAAUGAAAGUCAGUUGUUCUAUGGAGAAUUAAACGUUUUCGAUAUGAACCGCGAUUGUAAUGAAUGUAAUGAGUUUUCCAGAUUCGUGGGCGAUAAAAAUUCCGCAAAAUCAAAUAGUCUAAGCCAGUGCGACAACUGUCUGCAGCAAACACUGAAUGCGAUAAAUGAUGGUGGUGGUCAUGCAGAUGAGCCAUCGCCAGUAACUGGCAGCGCUCUGGCUAAUGAACAUUCAGUCAAUCAAAACCAAUCGUUCGAAUCGCAAAGUAGUAAUAUUUUGGACGAUUUAGAACCAGCUGAUUGUACUUGCAAUGCAUCGAGCCAUUUUGGUUGUGGUUGCGAUGAAACAGCUGCCAAUUGUACCUAUCAGGAGCGCAUUAUCGACUAUGAUAAUUUUCGAAUUAUCGAACAUGUUAUCGAUUGUUCCCAUGACAGCUACUGCAAGCACAGCAGAAAAAUGCAUUGCACAGGCUCUUGGGAGGGCGCUGACGAAGACAAUGUGGUGGAAGAAAAUAAAGAACUGAAUUUCGCGUGCCGAGAGUUGGUGACAUUUAUCGGCGAGAGUUAUCAGAUAAUGAAGGCACAAGAACAAACGGAAAACAUAGCUGCAACGACACCCCACUCCCCGCUGGAAUCAACUCGGCCCGUUAAAGAUAUUGCGGAAGAAGAUACAUAUUGUGAGGAAAAUAUGAAUAUUGGCCAUUUCAUUGUUGGUCCACAAAUCGAAAGUCCGUUCAUGGCCGAGAUUGUCGAUGAUAACAAUAAUAAAGGCCGCACCAAAGCCUCCCAAGCUCUGAGUGGAUCGAGCGAUACUAUUCCAUCGGGAGUUAACAAGUCAAUAUCAGCAACUAUUACAGCUUCUUGUUCGGUUUCAAAUCCAAUGCAGUCCAUUAAGAAAACAGAACACCGGUUACCCAAAAAAGAACUACCUAUUGCAAAAGUACAGCUCCCAACACCAUCCGUUACGUUGGCUUUGAAGGCGCUCAAAUCGAAAUUGACGCCACUAGCCCCAUCGUUUCAUCCGGCACGGAAAAAGCAGACAACCACCUCUUCCACAACUGCGGCUGCGUCCUCCCUGUUCGCUCAUGAAAAGACAGCAAUCUACUAUCAACCACAGCCACCAAAGCAGCAGCAGCAGCAGCAGCAGCAUUAUCUGCAACAGACCACCACUACCACUAUGCUGCAUAGGAUGAGUCUCCAUCACCAUUCACAGGCGCAACAGGAACAGCACCCGCAGCCGCAGCAACACCAGCAGCCCCAAGUGUCUCCCAUGGCUCAACAAAGUUACUCCAAAAAUUCCUUUCAACAGCAGCCGCCGCAGCCACUGUUGCAAAAUCUACAACCAUCACACAACUUUGUGACGUCAUCUAUAGAGCAUCAGCAUAAUUGCACACAGCAUGCCAACUCAUUGGGCGGUGUGCCACACAUUUAUUUGCAUAGUGUGCCAGGCUCAGCUGCACUAGCUAGCAGCGCAUUGCACGUAGCGGUUGGCAACACACCGCAAGCACCGCAUGCACCGCAUCUCUAUCCAGUGCAGGUGAUUUCGCUGACUGCCGCAGCGGCCGAAACACCAAGCAAAGGCAGUAGCAACAGUACUGUUUCCCAACAACGGGAAUCAAGCCCUGCUUCCACGAUUGUGGCUGCAGUGGGUGACAGCAGCGCCACCUGGCCAUUUAUGGAUGCAGCUCCCGUGUUCAUCGAUUCCAGCGGUGAACUUCGAACUUUUUGCCCGACGCAUGGUCCGCCGGCCCUCAAUACUGGGGCAAUUACGGCAGCGACCAAUUCAAAUGGGAUGACAUUCAAUCAGUCGAUAGCGAUAAAUGUCGCACAUGGCAACAUUUCUUCACAGCUGCCACAUAUGCAACACUACCAACAAACGAUGCAGCGCCAGACCCAAGCACAGGCACAGGCACAGCCACAGCCGCAGCUGCAACCACAAUCGCUAGCAACAACUUCUGGCGCAACGCCUGCUUCGAUCAUGGCUACCAAUGCCAUCCCAAGUGUAUCGAUCAAUGCAACAAAUCGAGCUUGUUUGCAGCAACAUCAACAACAACAACAGACACAAAUAAAAAGUCUUAAUCAAACUCAAAAUCAAAGCCAAAACCAUCUCCACCAUCAGCAGCAGCACAUUCAGCAUAAUCAUCUGCAGGCACACUAUCAUCAGCAGCAACAACAUCAGCUGCAACAACAACAACAGCAACAAUUGGAGUCGGUCAGCGCACUGCAAAUUUCUGGCAAAGCCAAACUUUAUCGAGGUCCAACACCGGUGCAAAUGGUUUCACAAAACCGGCCCACACCAAUCCCAGUGCAAGUACAAGUACCACAAGGUCAGGUGAUGCAGCAAUAUGUUAACGAGAGCGGACCUUUUGCGCACGUUGUGCUAUCGCCACAAUACCAACAGCUCCACGCCAGCCAAGGACAUAUUCAUGCCCCUUUCUUGGCUGCCAAUGGCACCUCCCACUUCUAUUCACCAAUACAGGCGGGAUUUCCAGGUGGCGGACCGGCCCAUUUCCACGCAUUAUCAAGUGGCCACGUCCAAACGCAGCAACCUCCUCAACAGCCACAAGCUCUGACAGCUCAACAGCAGCAAACGUCGACACAUCAGCAACCCUUAUCGCAUUCACCUUCACCUCCCAAUAAUUACCAUAAAGAUGAACGCAGCCAGCGUCAACACACAAAGUUAUUGCGAAAACUUGAAAAACAACGGGAACUAAACCCUGCGAUGUCAACACCUACCAAUUCACCGUCCCCUCGGCGUACUGAUAUAAACACACAAAAAAGUCAUUCACCUGUAUUGACCAAUAAUAGUAGCAACACAAACGGACCUAACCAUAGCCAAAACAACACUGUACUGAAUGCAGGAAUGUUGAUAGUACCUUCAUCGCUUGCAAGUUCUUCUGUAACAAGCAACAGCACCACCGGAUUAAACCUCAGUCUUCAAAGUAGGAACCAAAAUCAUGUUCAGCAACAACAGACUUCGUCUCAGCAGUCAUCAAGCAACCACAACUUGAAUAGCCGACGAAUCUCUCAACGAAAUGGCAGCGUACCCUCAAAUGCACACCAGAUAAAUAGCACUAAUGGAUGCAUUGCAUCUUCAGUUGAAACUUCGGAAGACAGCAUGGAAGGCAUGUUAAAUGCUGUUGAUGAUGAAGAGGACUACCAGUCUCUGCUAAUAGAGCAGCUUUCUUCAAUAAAGAAACCAAAAGUAAUUAAUUUAACUUCGAGAUCUGCAAAAAUCGUCUGGGAAGCCGCAGCAAUCACAGAUCCCCAGAUAAACACCCGUGAACUGCGUUAUAAUGUGCUGUUUAGUGAUCGCGUAAAAGACUGCAAGUACAAGAGUCUUUAUAAAGGCGAAUCAUAUGAUUGCAUUGUGCAGGAUUUGCAACCUGGCCAAGUAUAUAUAGUGCGUCUUCAGGUACACUAUGAAAAACUACAGGGAUCGGCCUCUGAUCCAACCGAAUUUACAACCCCACCCUGUGAACCAGAUCAACCAAUGCCACCUAAACUAGUAAUGCGGACAAAAAAUUCAUUACAUUUGCGUUGGACGAAUCCGUCCUCAAAUGGAUCCCCCAUUCAACACUACAUAUUGGAAUAUGACGAAGGCAAAACUAAUUUUACAUCAGCUGGCCGAUCAGCACGCCAAAAUUCUGGAAAUGAAGGGCUAAAUUUUGUUGAAGCCACGAAAACCAAAGGCAAACACUAUACUUUAACAAAACUACAGCCUUCCACCCUAUACUAUUUCCGUCUGGCAGCUGUUAACGACGUGGGAGCUUCUUUGUUUUCCAGCGUUUGCUCAUUUAGCACAUCUUGCAAUCCGCCGUCUGCGCCGAAGCCUCCAAAACUACAAAGCAGUACCUCUACUUCUAUUCGAAUUUGGUGGGAACGACGACAACAGGAUGAUGAUUAUGUAUUGCAAAUAUUUGAUCGGGAGUCUGGCCACGGCUAUCUUAACGCUUACAAUGGUCCCGAUUGCACACAUGAAUGCAAUCAACUGCGACGUGCCACAUCUUACCAAUUUCGAUUGCGUGCUGAAAAUGAAGCUGGCAGCUCUCCUUGGUCUAAUGAGGUCAGUUUUCAAACAUCUCCUGAAAAACCAGGAAAACCGGGCAAACCACACGUGAAAGGAAAAAUACAUGGAACACAUUUUCGCGCGCGAUGGGACCCACCUGCAGAUACAGGAGGCGCUGAAAUACUUCGCUAUUUUCUCGAAAUCACAUCUGGUUCCAAAUUUGAACGCGUUUAUAGUGGUGCCGAUACGGAAACUACUUGCGAUCGUCUACAACCAGGUACAGCUUACCAAUUGCGAACUUCGUGUGAAGGUCCAGCAGGUCUCAGUCCUUAUUCCGAUAUAGCGCACAUAACAUCAGAAGCAGUAGUACCAGCUGCACCGCCGCCACCUUAUUACGACAAUCCGCCCGGUCCAUUCGCGGCAGUUUUAAGACUGGAUAAACCAGAUUAUAAUGGCGGCUCGCAGGUGCUAGAAUUUGAGGUCCAGAUGAGGCGUCCAUUGGACGGACAAUUCGACAUUGGAAAUAAAACCAACGACCAUUCCAUUGUGUACCGCGGACGGGAUACAUAUUGUGUGGUCAAAGAUUUGCAACCCGGUUGUUCUUACGAAGUGCAAGUGCGCGCAAUCAAUCGCAUUGGUGCAGGUGCCUGGUCAUCAUGGUUCCGAUUCUCAGCAGCAGCAGCACCUCCAAAUGCUCCUACCGAUUUGAAAGUUUUGGUCAAAUCAGCAACACAUUUACUUGUGAACUGGCAAGAACCAACCUGUAAUGGUGCACCGAUCGUUGAAUAUCGCCUAGAAAGUGCAAGUGUUCAAAAUGAUUUUAACUCCGAGUUGGAGAAGUCAUCAAUACAAAUGCCGGCAUUCCAAACAUGCUAUCAGGGUGCUCAAACCAGCGUCGAAUUACGCAAUUUAUUACCGUUUACCAUGUAUUACUUCCGUGUAAAUGCCAGCAACGCGGCUGGAGUAAGCAAAUGGACAACAAACAUUAACGAACGAACACCAGCCGCCGUUCCUGCUGCACCCCACAUCAAAGACUGCGAAUUUACCGCCACGGAAGUGUCACUUAACUGGACGGAACCUGAAUGCAAUGGCGCUCCCAUUACUGCAUAUACUAUUGAGUAUUCUGAGAAGUCAAUUACAACGACAGACACAAACACGGUUUAUACAGUUACUGGGCUUUUGCCUGAGACGACCUACAAAUUCCGCUUGCAGGCCAUAAACAAAAUUGGCCCAGGGCCAUUUUCCGCAUAUGCCAAACUCACAACGUUGCCUUCGCCUCCUACUCCACCUGCUCUAGAAUGUACUGGCGUUGGGCAUAACUUUAUUAAGUUAAAAUGGGGGGACGGCAAGAACCUGGACUUCGUAAAAUACUAUGUUGAAAUGUUUGUACAACGUGCGAAAGAGUUUCAAAUCGUUUACUCUGGUACAAACAGUAUGUGCAAAGUGAACAAGUUGCAAGAGCGUACCGCCUAUACUUUCCGGAUAUACGCAAGUACUGACCGCGCCGGGAUAGGAGACUACUCGCAUGAAUAUAUAUUUAGUACGACUCCCACCUUACCGAAUAGCAUUAAAGCGCCCCGAGUGGCCAUGGAAGGAGCUGCUGCUUGCUUGCUAACACACGGCGCUGGUGGUGCUGCCGGUUUUAUUCCAUCCGGAAUGCUGCCUGAAACGCCUACUAGUUUCAUAGCCGGCUUGGGAAACCUUUCUUUAGGCGUACCACUCACUCUCGAAUGGCAAAAUUCAAAAAAUACCUUCAGCGAUCGGAUUGAGUAUGUAUUACAAUAUGCAAUUGGCAAAGAUGGUGACUAUAGGCGGAUUUAUAGGGGGCUAGAGACCAAAUUUACAAUUGAAAAUCUAGAGCCGGGAACUAUGUACCAAUUUCGCGUUUGUCCAAUUCGAGUUACUACUACCGGCGAAGAGUUAUUUGGUCAAUACACUUCUGCAUUCCGAUACCAAGUUCCUCAUAUUGCAUCACUGGACGACAUCGAUGGCAACAUAUUAGGAAAUAUUUCCAGCGUUUUCGGAAGUGCCAACAAUAGUGGCCACGCGCCUAUGGGCUGCCACGGACAUUCGCAUCUGGCGCAUCACGUACACACUUUGCAUACACACCACUCGCACAACCACCCUCCACACAGUCAUUCGCAUCACAGCAGCAGACAAUCGUCGUCCAGUCUUCACCACCGUUCUGUAAGUGCAUCUGCUGCCAGUCCGAAUGGUUGCAGCAGCAGCAGUGGCAACAACAAUAGUAACGGUAGUAGUAAUAAUGGUGGGAGUACAAUUGUUAUUGGCCCAAAUGCUAUUGGCUUAAUACCGCUGGGUACGUCGAUGGCAAAUGAAUUGGGUGCAGUUGGAUUCGCUAGUUGUGAUGAUCCAAUGCAUCAUCACCACCACCAUCAUCACCAGUUUCAUGGAGGGAAUAUUGCUGCUGGACUCGAAGCCGAAGUAGCUGAUUCAACGACUGCAUCGUUUUUAGCGUCCACUGCCAAUAAUCUAUUGGCAAACAACGUCCUAUUGGCACAUGGAAGCUCAUCAACAAAUCAUGGGCAACAUGGUGCUGUACGGCGGUGUAUAAGCAAGAUAACUACAAUUUACACAAAUCGUAAGCGUUUCACAGAUCAGGAAAAGGCAGUUUUAUUCAUGGUUUGCUUUCUAUUUUUCACGUUUUUAUUUGCAACGCUUGUUAAAGCCCUCAUGCGAUAAGCUUUGGCUGAAAAUAAUAAAAAAAAACCAACCCUCCCGAUUAUAAAGAAAGGAAGGAAGGGAAGAUAGGUAUUAAUAAAGGUAGUAAAAUAUCGGCUUGUCAGAUAACUGUCUAUUAAAAAUCGAUUACU